AUGUUUUUAAUAAUAAAUGUGAGAAUUGAUGCCAAAGAGGAGACAAAACAUCGGACGUAUGUCCGGAAAAGUGCCGAUGCGUUGACAUUCAAGGAGUGGCAGGACAUACGGCGGGGCUUCCAAGUGAUGAAAGACCGGAAACAGCUAAACCCGCUGAGCCUCCUAUACCAGGCCAACAUUCACGGCUACCCGGAGUACGACGGGUCGCCGGCCCAGAACGCCAUCGCCACCAAGUACAAUUGGCAACAGUGCAAUCACCAUCAGUACUUUUUCCUCAUAUGGCACCGAAUGUAUCUCUACUUUUUCGAGCGGAUCCUUCGCAAGGCGUCCGGCAGUCCGGACCUAACGAUCCCGUACUGGGACUACGCGGACCCAAUGCAACGACAACUGCCGGAGCCGUACCGCUGGCCGGCCAACGAGACCGAGAAUCCCCUGUAUAUCGAGCAGCGGUGUAAAAAUGUGAACGAUGGCAAACCGUUGAGCGCCGAGAUUACCGACCCGUUCCCGUCACUCAAGAGCCGUUUCUUUACCGCCAAACUGUCGGAUCCGUUGGCCGUUUGUAGUUCGCUGGCCGGCGGACGAGUUCAGUACCCGGUGUUUGUGGGCCGUCUGGAGGGUAUAUUGGAGAGGUUUCCCCAUGAUCGCAUCCAUAUCUCUACGGGCGGUCCGGGAGGCUACAUGGGCAAUCUGUGUUGGGCCGCUCGGGACCCCAUCUUCUGGCCCCAUCACGCCAUGAUUGACCGCGUGUGGGAGUCGUGGCUACACAACGGCGGCAAACCCUACACAGAGAGGGGGUAUUUGAACACUAGCUUCAAGUUUUACGACGAGACCGGAGUUUUGGGCACUUAUUAUAUCAGAGAUUUCAUCAACGCUUCACGACUUCAUUACAAAUACGACAAACUCUUGGAAUUACCCGAAAGGAUACCCGAAACUAAUGCUAAUUCACCGAAACUGUAUAUAUCUGUGAAUGAGACCAACGACUUGGCCAUCACUAAUGAAAAGCGAUCAAUCAUUUUGAACAUUAAACCAAAGUAUCAAAAAGUGUAUAUGGAUAUGGCCCAGGGUCGGAUUGACAAUUUACAGAUUAGGGUCACUUUACAGAUAUCGAUAUCAGUCACUCAAACGGGUCUUAUGUAUGAGAUGUACCUAAAUCUGCCGCCAAAUACUCAGCCCUACGAGGGUUUGCCCAACUUUAUCGGUUAUCUCAGCAAUUUUGGUGGCGUUUGUGUCAACCGUACCACUCGUGACACUGCACUCAGAACUAACUGUUUCGAAAUGACUGAUAAUUUGAUUAAGGUGUUACGUAAUGAGUAUAAUUAUUAUGGUGAUGUCAAAAACUAUUUAACCAUAACAAUUGUUCCCAAAUCGUGCGAUACUGUUGUCUAUCCACUCGAUGAGGAUUAUAUAAUUAAGGAGAUCAAGUAUCGGCCGUUCGUCCGGAAAAGUCUCAAUACUUUAACGUUUAGUGAGUGGGAAGACCUGCGGCGUGGCUUCAGAGUGAUGGAGGCGCGCAAACUCUUAGACCCCACGAGCCUUACAUAUCAGGCCAACAUUCACGGCUACCCGGAGUACGACGGGUCGCCGGCGUCCAACGUGGUCGCCGCCAAAUACAAUUGGCAACAGUGCAAUCACGCCGAGUACUUCUUCACAGUAUGGCACCGAAUGUAUCUCUACUUCUUCGAGCGGAUCCUACGCCGGGCGUCGGGUAAUCCCAACUUUGCGCUCCCCUAUUGGGAUUACGCGGACCCAAUGCAACGCCAACUGCCGGAGCCGUACCGCAUGCCACCCAAUAUGACCGAAAACCCUCUGUAUAUUGAGAAACGGUGCCAAAGUGUGAACGAAGGCAAACCGUUGAGCGCCGCCAUUACCGACCCGUAUCCGGCGCUCAGAAGUAGGUUCUUCACCGCCAAACUGUCGGAUCCGUUGGCCGUUUGCAGUUCGUUCGGCGGCGGACGCGUCCGAAAUCCCGUGUUUGCGUCCAAUCGCGAGGGGCUGUUGGAAAAUCUACCCCACGAUCACAUCCAUGACUCUACGGGCGGUCCCGGAGGUUAUAUGGCCGACUUGUGUCUGGCCGCUCGGGACCCCAUCUUCUGGUCCCAUCACUGUAUGAUAGACCGCAUAUGGGAGUCGUGGUUAAACAACGGCGGCGAACCCGUUAACGAACCCCGUUAUCUGAACACUAGUUUCAAGUUUUACGACGAGACCGGAGUUUUAGGCACUUAUUAUGUUAAAGAUUUUCUUAACGUCACAAAACUUGGCUAUAAAUACGACAAACUCUUGGAAUUAGGCGAAGAGAUAACACAAACCAAUGACAAUAACCCGAAACUGUAUUUCUCUGUCGACGAGACCAAUGACUUGCAGAUCAGUAAUGAGAAGCGAUCCAUCAUUUUGAACAUUAAGCCAAAGUACCGGUCAUUUUACAAAAGCAUAGCUCAGGGCAAGUAUAACAACUUACAGGUCCGGUUCACUCUCCAGGCAGAGGUGGCCGCCAGUAUUACGGGUCUCAUGUAUGACAUGUACCUGAAUUUGCCGCCAAACACCCGGCCCUACGAGGGUUUGCCCAACUUUAUUGGCUAUCUCUCGCAAUUCACCGCCCAUUGCGUCAAUCGUACCGCUCGUCAGACUGUGAAUGUAAACACUUGUUUUGAAAUCACCGAUAAUUUGAUCACGGUGCUUCAAAACGAGUACAACUAUUAUGGUGAUGUGAAAAACUAUCUCAAUUUGACAAUUGUUCCCAAAUCGUGCGAUACUGUUGUCUAUCCGCUCGACGAGGACUAUAUCAUAAGGUUUUCGCGAGCAUUAGUUGUUCACUAUUUUCCGUAUCAAAACCAGAAACGGGACGACUAUCUGGACCCGGAAAAGAACCUAGAUUAA